AUGCCUUGGCCUGCGGUCGAGCCAUCCCAGUUCAUUGAGCGGGAGAUCGAGCGACGUUUGAUGAGCGCAUAUCGAUCAUCUUCUCUAAAGACCGAAGCCCAGCUAAGCCUUGAACUCAAUCUGCAGGGAACUCACCAAGUCGGCUCGUCGGCGCAGGCUAGAACCAGCCUUGUGCCCAACACCCAACCACGCGAUGCCAAACCUCGUCUCCUUCUCAUGGGACUCCGCCGGAGCGGCAAGUCAUCCAUCGCCAGUGUAGUCUUUCACAAGAUGCCUCCGAAUGAAACCCUCUUUCUCGAGUCUACCACACGCAUCCAAAAGGACUCAAUUCACUCCUUCAUGGACUUUCAGGUCUGGGACUUUCCGGGCCAGCUGGAAUACCUCGAGCCGUCCUUUGAUCUUGAAGACAUUUUCGGCAGCCUAGGUGCGCUCGUCUGGGUCAUUGAUGCCCAAGAUGACUACCUUGAUUCGGUCGCGCGGUUGAACCGCACCAUCUUGACAGUGCAACAGUACUACCCAGGCAUCAACAUUGAAGUCUUCAUCCACAAGGUGGAUGGGUUGUCCGACGAAUACCGUCAGGAUACCUUCCAAGAUAUUGUCCAGCGGAUCUCCGACGAACUCAGCGACGCGGGAUACGAAAACGCGCCCGUGCACUACUACCUCACCUCUAUUUAUGACUAUUCCGUCUUCGAGGCCUUCAGCAAGGUCAUUCAAAAGCUCAUCCCUAACCUCUCAACCCUCGAAAACUUGAUCAACACUCUCGCAAACAACUGUGGCUUUGAGAAGACUUACCUUUUCGAUGUCCUCAGUAAAAUUUACAUCGCUUCCGACACCCGGCCCGUCGACAUGGCCUGUUACGAGAUGUGUUCCGACUAUAUCGAUGUAAUCGUCGACAUCUCAGAACUUUAUUCUUGGGACCAUUCCCUCCGGAAACCUAAGGGUGACCAGGUCCAGGAGGCCGAAAGUCAUGUCGUUCUUCACGAUGAGACAAUGAUCCAUCUCAUGGAGAUGAACAAGUACUUAUGUCUUGUUUCAGUUAUCCGAAACCCCGAGGCCAAGGAAAAGAAGGGUCUCAUUGAUAUGAACUGUCGCACUUUCCAGGAUGCGCUGAAUGACGUCUUUUCCCGAUCCUGGGAACAAGAGCAAGAAGAGCGAGCAGCAGCUGCCGCCGCCGCCACUUCUGCGGCAGAGUGA